AUGGCAGAGGUGGUCUCCUGGAGAACAGUAUCUAGAGAGAGACAACAUCUUAAACAGACCGUGGCUCUCGCUGUAGGAGGGGAGAGCUACGUCCUGCACAGUCUCCUCUGGGAGAACGGUGCUGAUAUCCACAGCUUCCAGGCUCCUAGGAGCUCUGGCUUCGGGUUGGGACAUUUAGUAGAUGAAUUGUCGAGAAAUGAGAAGCCCGUGGUGGCAGCUAUCCAGGGCGUGGCCUUGGGAGGAGGACUGGAGCUGGCCCUGGGAUGUCACUAUAGGAUUGCCCAUGCACAGGCUCGAGUCGGCCUCCUAGAAGUCACACUAGGACUUCUUCCUGGUGGAAGAGGAACGCAGCUUCUCCCCAGACUCAUUGGGGUUCCUGCCGCACUUGACUUAAUUACCUCAGGAAGGUGUGUUUCAGCAGGUGCAGCACUCAAGCUGGGGAUCCAAGAUGAAGUGAAUUCAGACCCAGUUGAACAAACUAUCAAACUCACCCAGAGAGCCAUUGGUCAACCUCUAGAAUCCCGUAGACUCUGCAACAAGCCAGUUCAGAGCUUGCCCAACAUGGAUACCAUUUUCAGUGACGCCUUCGUAAAGAUGCGGAAGCAGCGCGCUGGGUGCCUUGCUCCAGAGACGUGUGUCCGUGCCAUCCAGGCCGCUGUGAAGUAUCCCUACUCAGUGGGCAUCGAGGAGGAGGAGGAGCUGUUUAUGCACCUCCGGGAAUCAGGCCAGGCUCGAGCCCUGCAAUAUGCUUUCUUUGCUGAAGAGAAUGCAAGUAAGUGAUCAGGUCCCUCUGGAGCAUCCUGGAAGACGCCCAUCUCCUCUGUCGGUGUUCUGGGGUGGGAGAAUGUGGCUGAGGAGCAACUGCAGAACCAGCGUUUAAGGCAUCCUGACUGGAAGAGGUCCCUGGCCAAAGUUCAUUCAAUGGCAGUUCAGGGCUGGAAUCUGAUAGAGGGGCAGGCUGUCUUCCCCCAUCUCCAUGUGUUUGAGGAGCAAAAUGAAGAAGCCAAGGCAACUGUCACGGGUUUGUUGGGAAUCGAAUGUCCUUAUUACGAUCAGACGUACUUCCUAUUGGAAGAUGGCAGUAAGCCAGAGGAGAAAGGUCAGGUGCUUGAAAAGUCUGGUCUUGAGCGUUGCUUGUAUGCACUCAUCAAUGAAGCCUUCUGUAUCUUGGGAGAGGGGAUAGCCACCAGCCCAGAGCACAUCGAUGUUAUCUAUCUGUAUGGAAUAAUCAAACUCUUUGAACACUUCAACGUCAAGAGAAAAACACUGAUUAAGUGUGUGUUAUCAAGAGAGGUGAUCGACAGUGACCCAGUGGAACCAAAAAGUGAUUGGGAAGGCAGCAUCUUGGUACCACCCGAGGGCAGUUCUGAAUCUGGGCGCACAAAACUUCUGCUCUCUGGGCCAGAGAUCGCCAAAGUGGGAGUGUGGAAGGUGACCCACAGAGUGUUCCCAGGACUGGGGAAAGGAAAGGAAGGCAUUACGUACACGGUCAACUGCCCGACAACCUCCACUUUUCUGCAGAAGCUUCAAGUCUUUCUGAGAGACCCAGAGCAGGCCCAGUGA